AUACGUCAGCGUCGGAGAAGGCGGAGAUCAUUUUGUUGUCAUCGGCCGAAAAUGAUUGAACGCCAAUGGCCACUGGGUUUUUUACGCUUGAGAAGAAGCGCUUAACCCACAUCUCGCACUGAACGCCGAUGUGGAAGUUUAUCGAAGAUUACGCUAAAAGGAGGCUUAGUGGUUGUAUUUCUCAAUGUGGAGACGAUGUGAGCUGAAAGGACCUCGUUGAUUGACCGGAAUCUUCCAGUUGGACCUUCUCCGAGACCCAAAUAACCUUAGAACUUCACAACCAUGUCGGUUUCUACGGUGUUGGCGAAGGCGCUGUUUGAUAACACGGCCGAAAGCCCAGAAGAGCUGGCUUUCAGGAAGGGGGAUAUCCUGAUGGUUUUGGAGCAGGAGCAGAGCGGUGGACCCGGAUGGUGGCUUUGCUCCCUGCACGGUCGACAGGGCAUCGCCCCGGCUAAUCGUCUGCGUCUCCUCCAGACCGCCCCGACCCCUGGUCCGGACUCGGUUUACUUGUCACCAGGCCCGCCGUUGGUUCGCGGUAGCGUGGACGACGCGGAGGCAGUGUACCGCUCCCCGCCCGCUGCGGGUGAAACCCGAGGAGCCGGUGCAUCCUCGAGACCCGGCGAGCUCCGCAAGGCAGAUGGUGGACGGCCGCGUUCGCACUCUAGUUCCGGGUCCAGACCCAGGCCCGACUGGGAUAUAGGAGUCGGUGGUCGCCCGCGGUCCCCUUCCCUUAGAGGACGGGGCACAGACGUGACCGCAGCGCUUUAUCAUACACCCGUAAGCCCUUCCCCGUCAUCUGCUCGGCAGCCAGGAGGUCAGAUAACCCACGAGUCUGUGUACCUAUCCCCCGGCGGAGUCGCGAGAAUGGGCGAUGAAUCUGAGGACACCACUUAUCUCGUCCCUCGAGAAACACUAACCACAGGACACUCUGAUGACUGUUACUUGGUGCCUAAAGGGACACCGCUCGCCAGUGAGGAUGUUUACCAGUCCCCAACUGGAGGAGUUGUCACAAACGGCCCCUCCUCAGUCAGUGGAACUCCCCAGUCUAAAGUGAGUCAGGACAUGUACCAAACCCCAUCUUCUAUGGCAGUAACUCUUCAAAGGACUUCAUCUACCCCUGCCCAAGCACCUCCCAGGCCCCUCGUCAAGGGUCCGUCUCCCAACCCUGCUGUGGCCAGAGGGAAACCCGGUCUCGCCUGCCACCGGGGGUCCCCUUUACUAGUCCGAGCGGGCCAUCCCCGAGUUCCCGGAUCUCCAAAUUUUGCUCGAAAGCCCCCUCCACCCGCACCCCCGGUUAGGGGAGUCACACGGAAAGAUGCCCAGCAGUCCACACUUGUGUCAGGUGAUUGCGGCGUGGCCCCCAACCCCGGUUCUCAAGGGCAGGAGGCAGACAGACAGACAAAUCAGGACCUAGAGAAAAGCAACAACGUGCAUAACGGCAAAGGUGAAAGUCAAGAUUACGCCGACCCUGUGGAUGACCAGGUAUAUGACACCCCGCCCAGCGGCAGGUGGCAGCGUGCCGUUCCAGCAGGCAAUGACGAUGACGGCAUCUAUGACACCCCGCGCACCGUCCCGCCACAUGUGGACUCUGAGACAGAGGUGUAUGACAUUCCAACCAUAACGCUGAAUGGCUGCGCCUCCGAAGUCCAAGCAAGCGCCACUUUGCCGGACGACGUCUACAGUGUGCCAAGUCUUCCGGGUGUUCCUUUGGCUCCCGGGGAGUCCGCGGAGGACCUGAGCCAGAACGGUCACGCUAACUGCGUCCCGGCCUCUGAGAAGCGAGCGAGCACAGGAGAUCAGCGGCGGGACUCUCCGGAUUGCGGGAUCUACGAUAUGCCCGCCCUGACUGCUGAAGUCCUCCCCCACUCGUCGUCGUCUUCCUCCACCUCCACCCGUCGACUCUCCGUGUCCAGUAACGGAUCCGGGGACGUUCAAUGGAGGGCCUCGCUCUCCAGCUUGGUCCACGCCGUGCUGAGCGCUGCUUCCUGCUCAACCGCCGCUCUGUCCUCCCGAGAUCUGGCCACGUCGCUGGCCGAAAUCCUGUCUACGUGGAAAGCCAGCUACUCCGGGGACCCUCCGCCGCCCCUUCAGCAAGCUUGGGCCCGCUUGUCCGACCUUCUCCCCGCUUUAUCGGCAAUUGGCAAUGCUCCUCCGUCGGAAGGACUCCUAUCACUGGUCCAGCGCUCCCUGGAGGAAAGCGCUCUCCUCCUGCAGGCUCAGGGUCGCCCGCGAUUACCCUCCCAGGACUCUUUGUCCCGGAGGCCGCUGCCCGCUCUCCCGGUAUCGGACGGGAAGUCAGCCGGAGGCGGCAUGGGCUCCCGUAAGAGUAGCUGGAUUCAGGAAAGGCCUUUGCCUCCGACUCCGCAGCCGGCCUUCCCGAUGCCUCCCACUCAAGCCACGGUGACCCUCUCAGCGGGUCACGGCAAUGGAGAUGAAGACCCCGGCAACGAGUAUGCUGGAAUUGGCCUGACUCCCGUCCCAGCUCCGGUCCCUAAUGGAGACAGUGUUGGAUAUGUCAAGCUGCAGGGAAAACCAGAGCUUCCCCUUGCUCAGAAUGGACAAACAAUCACUUCAGAGCCCAGACUUACUCCGUCCCCUCCCUUGCCGGUGUCCCUAUCUCUGGAGGAUUCGGAGCUGCUGUCCUUCUACUCGUCCCAGAGCCUCGCUCACCUCUCCUGCUUGGCCGACGCCAUCGACGUGCUCUUCGCAAGCGUACGUGGCAACCAACCGCCGCGUGUCUUCGUGGCGCGCGGGAAAAGCCUCAUCGUAACGGCGCACAAGCUGGUGUUCAUCGGCGACACGCUCUCCCGUCUUCUAGCUUCUGCAGACCUCCGGGCAAAGAUCACCACUUCCGGGGGUCGCCUCUGCCAGGCUUUGAAAGCGGUGGUGGUGGCGACCAAGGGCGCCGCCCAGAACUACCCGUCAGUUUCGGCCUCUCAGGAGAUGGUGGAUCGGGUCGCCGAGCUCUCCCAACAGGCCGCCGGUUUCUCCACUCUGCUCCAGCGCCUGGCUGAGAUUUCCUCGUGAUUUUUCCCACAAAACCUUGUCGACACUAUCCACCUUUUCUCUCUUGGAAAAUGCCUUAUUUUCUUAUCACGUUGAUUCUCGCUGUCUUCCUAUGUUGUGUGUCUUGCUUCUGUUCUUCCCCCCUCUUGUGUGUGUUAACUUAUUGAGGGUUGCGCUUUCCGAUCAUGACCUUUUUUAGACUCGUUCGCAAAAGACCGACUUUUUACCGCAGGACACGUCUUCUGUUUACAUUUGAAUUUUUAAGCUUGCGUGCCAUUUGUUGUGUUUGGGGCAAUACUUCAUAAUGUAUUGACGGGGCGCGGGGCCGAUAAAUAGGGGGCCUGCAUUGAUGGCGAGGCAGUCAAAGCUGACAGAGUGGAAUUGCAGACAGAGCUUUUUUCGUUGAAAACUCUUGCGAGUAAAUCUCCGAAUUCUUUAUAGAUAUGGAUGUAAAACAGUCUCGAUUCUUGGUUAAAAGCAAUAAAAAAAAAAAAAAAGAGCCGUUAGCGUUUAUUUUACGUAAAUAUGUUGAAGUACAAUGCUAGUCUAUUAGUGAAGGAAGCUAGCAGUCGCCUGUUGUAAGCAAGAGCUUUUUCAUUGAAAAUUCUUGUGAAUAAAUGCUUAAAUCCCCAAAUUCUUAAUAGAUAUGGAUGUAAAACAGUCUCGAUUCUUGGUUAAAAGCAAAAAAAAAAAACGUGCAGUUAGCGUUUAUUUUACGUAAAUAUGUCGAAGUACAAUGCUAAACUGUUAGCGAAUGAGGCUAGCAGCCGCCCGAAGUAAACGAAGCUUUUCUGGUGAAAAUACUUGUGAAUAAAUGCUUAAAUCUGCAAAUUCUUUAUAGAUAUGGAAGUAAAACAGUCUCGAUUCUUGGUUAAAAGCAAAAAAAAACCUGUACAGUUAGCGUUUAUUUUACGUAAAUAUGUUGAAGUACAAUGCUAGUCUGUUAAUGAAAGUAGCUAGCAGCUGCCUGAUGUAAACAGAGCUUUUCCGGUGAAAAUUCUUUGGAAUAAAUGCUUAAAUCCCUGAAUUCUUUAUAGAUCUGGUCGUAAAACAGUCUCGAUACGAGGUUAAAAGCAAAAAAAAAAAAAAAAAACAGCAGUUAGCGUUUAUUUUACGUAAAUAUGUCAAAAUACAAUGCUAGUCUGUUAAUAAAUGUAGUUAGCAACUGCCUGAUGUAAACAGAGCUUUUCCGGUGAAAAUUCUUGUGAAUAAAUGCUUAAAUCCCCGAAUUCUUUGUAGAUAUGGGCGUGAAGCUGUCUCGAUUCUUGGUUAAAAGUAAAAAACCGUGCAGUUAGCGUUUAUUUUAUGUAAAUAUGUUGAAAAACAAUGCUAGUCUGUUAAUGAAUGUAGCUAGCAGCUGCCUGACGUAAACAGAGCUUUUCCCGGAAAGAAUUAUUGCGAAUAAAUGCUAAAAUCCAUGAAUUCUUUAUAGAUAUGGACGUAAAACAGUCUCGAUUCUUGGUUAAAAGCAAAAAAAAAAAAAACGUGCAGUUCGCGUUUAUUUUACGUAAAUAUGUCGAAGUAUAAUGCUAGCCUGUUUGUGAACGUAGCUAGCAGCCGCCUGAUGUAAACGGGGCUUUUCCGGUGAAAAUUCUUGUAAUUAAAUGAUUAAAACCCUGAAUUAUUUAUAGGUAUGGACGUAAAACAUCUUUAUUAUUGGUUAAAUGCAAAAAAAAAACUAGUUAGCAUUUAUUUUACGUAAGUAUUGCGAACUAUGAUGCUAAUGCAGUAGCGGCUAAUUUCUCCCAUUGAUUUUUUUCGUUUCAAAAUGCAUGCAUGGUACGAAAAAUAUAAUUACCUCGAAUCCUCGAACAAAUCACUCCUGAGACAAUCCUUCCUGUUUGUCUGCGGCACAGCUUUCGUACUUUUUCAACCUAAAUCCGGCGUUAGAUUGCUGCGUGCGUGUUUGGGAAUAGCUCCUCUUGAUGUGGGCGGCCCCCUACUUGAAUGCGAAGCGCAGUGCACGACUGAUCUGAGCCGUCAAUCCAUUAUGAAGUCUAUGUUUGGGGUUUUCUUUGUGUUUCUGUCUCGGGCCAAACCAUCGACCAAGUUUACCCAUCGCCACGAGUUGUGACGUGCAUGUCGCCUUCACUUUUUUUUUUUGACAUUUUGUGACACGGGUGGACUUUGCCCAUGUUUCAUCUCUGUCCUACAACGCUGGAGUAUCAUUAAGCUGUUCACGGAGGCUACUAAUCACGAUUUAAGAACAUAUUGACGUCAUCCUGCCAAGCAUGUUUUUGUUCUCUACUCUAGUGUCACCUUGUGGAUGUUUGAAGUAUUAAUACCAACUACACUAUUACAAGUUUGAAGAGAGGCAAGUAACCUUUAUAUUUAUUUAUGGUCAUUUAUAUGGAGUUUUUUUCUGAUACAUAGCUUUACGACGGUUGACUUUUUACAUGUGAUUUGGUUCAUUGUCACUAGAGGCGGUGCUUUUGUAAACUAACAUCCUCUAGUGGCAGCCACGUUAGUGUCUAGUGCAUGUCUAUCCGACAAGUCAUGGAUAUUUAUUUUGGAAUAUUGAAAUUGGCAUAUGUUCUAAAAUUUUUGUUCAAAGCAUCCUCCCAACUUUGUUUUUACCGUUAUUUGUCCGACGCAGUUUUUCUACACUUCGUGAACUCAUUCCUGUAUGCUGAGUUCUUGCAAUAUCGACAUCUUCACUUUUGAACACUAUGUUACACCUGCCUUGUAUUCCAGUCCAGAAUAAACACAUUUUUGAGAUGAAUGAAUGGCGGAUUACAAGCAACUAUCAGGUGAAGUGGUAUGAAAAAGUAUCUGAACCUUUUGGAAUUCCUCGCAGAAAUCAUCAAAUGUGAGCUGAUCUUUGUCAAAAUCACACAGAGGAAAAAACAGUGUCUGCCUGAACUAAAACCACCCCAACAUUUAUAUGUUUUCAAAUUUUAAUGAGGAUAGUAUGCAAACAACGACAGAAGGGAGGGGGGAUAAGUAAGUGAGGCAUCCCAUUUAAUAUUUUGUGGUCCCCUUUUGGCAGCAAUAAAUUCAACCAGACGCUUCGUGUAGCUGCAGACCAGUCUGGCAUAUCCAUCAGGACUAAUCUUGGCCCAUUCUUCGGUACAAAACUCCUGUAGUUCAGUCAGAUUUCUGGGAUGUCUGGCAUGAAUUGCUGUAUUAAGGUAGUAAUGCUAAUAGAUUAUAUUUUUGCAGUUUCCCAACUAAAAAAAGGAAAAAAAAUAAUCAUUUAGUGUCCAAAAUGAUAUCAGGUUUCAGUUUUUUAAUAUCAGCAAUUUAAAUUUGUGUUUCUAACAAGAUGCUAGUUUAACAACUUUAUCGUGACAAACAAUACGGUACACUUGAAAUUUUCCGGAAAUUGCCGGACGGUGAUUGAAGCGUCACUUGGCCCGUGCCGAAGUUUUCCGGAAAUCUCCAAAUAAUGACGGCGAGUGGCAGACCAAUCGACGCUUGUCGGGAAUUUGAACUAUUCUUGCUA